CAAAACUUGCACAUGUUUGUGUACUGAAGCGUAGUUCCAGAGAAAUGUACAAAUUAAAUUCUUCAACUCCCUUCUCUUUUUGAGCUGAGGCUGAGCAAAGAGCAUUAAUGGCGAAAAUUCCAAUCGAUGGUGAAAUUUUGGGGCUAAGAAUCUAGAACAGAGCCUCAUCGAUUUGGCGCGCGAAACAAGCAUCAUCUUCAUCGUUCGUGGUGCGAUUUCCACCUCUCAUUCUCCGGCCAUGCUCUCUAGGGCUCAGUUGUUCCAUCUCUUCUCUCGCUUCUCCGCCCUCACCUCCCUCUCUGAUGUGAAGAAGAGGAUUGCGGCCGCCGUUAGGGAUGAUAAACAGGAAGCUGUUGCCGUGACAACUGCAAUACAAGAAGAGAUUUUUUCUGAAAUGGGGGUUGAUGCACAAUUUGGUAUGUCGUGCCUAGGGAAAGUGAAUUCAUUUUAUGAGAACGAUCAGGAGUUGAUGGUUCAUUUCUACAAGUUCAUCGCAAUGGAAGAGAUGGCAUGUGAUGAAGCAGAGCUUGAACCAGAUGAGUUUGCUGAAAAAAUGCAUAGUCAACAACAACUACAUGAAAAGCAACUGGAGAUGCUGAAACACAUGCGCAAACUUCACUCGGACGAUCAAUGCGCCAUUCUCGAGAAGUUACACCAGCAGCUGGAGAGUGCUGAGUUUGAUGGUAUGGCAUCAAUUUUAUCAUCAGAAGAGAUGCAAGAGAUAGUUGAAAGGAGGGGUGUGUCCUCUAUUUAGUCCAUAAGCAAGUUAGAAUUUGACAAAAUGGCAUGCAACAUGAAACAUAGCUACCAUACAAAAAUAUCAUGUGCAUUCAAGUUCACGGCCGCACCUUCUUUAUGUUCUACUUCCCGAUGAUCGAACCUACUGAAAAUAUCAUGGUUCCAUGGCUGCAUCUUUAGUUUAAUUUUCUGAUCAUGAAAGCUUGAUAGGGGAAAGGGGAGCAAAUGUAAUUGUCAUAGAUACCAAUGGAGAGGACAGCACUCAUCUUAUAAAGCCAAAAUCGUUUCUUUUA